GAAACACAUGCUCGCGCACAUCUGUUUUAUCUUCGUCUCUUCGUCGUUCUUUCUAUUUGUUAUGUAUCCGCAAUUGUGCGGACGAUGAUCAGAAUUUGCAAUUGAUUUUACAACAGCUGAUUGGGUAUAAAUUAUUGUCAGACAAAGAUGCGUUUUACGUAAUUUGUGCGCAGUUUAAUCGGUAGCGUGAAUGAAAAGCCCAGACCGGUGCGAGGUGUUACGUAGUAUCGGCGCAGUCCGAGGUUAUCUGUAAGAAAAUCCGACGUCCUGAAUAAAAGUGAAUGAACUAAUUGCGUUCUGUGGAAAAUACAUGACAUAUCGUUGAAAGCGAUGUACAUGUGGAAAAUAACCGGUCAUACUCUCAAACGUUUUAACACCAGUUACAGUCACGGCAAUGGUAGGUUAGCACUCGUUUUGGAGCAUUGGAGUUCCAAAUCGCAAAGUGGUAAAUUCAAUGGCUAUCGCAAGAGAAUAAGCUUGUGGUUUCGGGAACAAAGCACGCAGGUAGCUCAGGCCUGCAAACGACAAUUUGAGUUCGUAGCUGCCCAGCGUAUCAGGAGAUAUAUACAGAUAUUUCACCUCUACACAAGAAUAUGGGAUGAGGUGGCAUUGAGGGAAUUUAUGAGGUCAUGGAGACUAAGGGUCGCCAAGAAUGCCAAGAAUUUUUUAAUUAGUGCAGCCGGUGUGUCUAUGUACAAUUGGGAUCGCGAUAGAAUAAAUGACGAAGAAAUUAAUAGAUACAACAACGAAAUUGAAGGAAUUUACCGAUUGCGAGACUCUACAGUGAUUUGUGCAAAAUGCCAUCUGCGAAUUGUUAUUGAUGUUGUACAGCCUGAUGUAAAAUAUUGUAAAUGUUCAUGUCAGUCUUUUGCUUCUUCUAAUGAUGAUCCAGAUAGUUGGCAACCUUUCAUCGAGCGUCAAGACAUGUUGAUAUGGCGAAAACAAGAACCUGAUUCCGGAGGAUUAUUUGCGUACAAAGUAUACGGUUCGUUCUCCGAUGUCACCGCCGACGAUUUCCUACAAGUACAAAUCGAUGUAGAUUAUAGAAAACAAUGGGAUCCUACUGCUCAGGAGUUGCAGAUUAUUGAGACUGAUCCCAAGUCAGAAUUAUCUGCCAAUAACAGCACUGAUAUUAUUCACUGGGAAAUGAUUUGGCCUAAAUUAUUUUCAAAUAGAGAUUAUGUGUAUCAACGACGAUGGGUCGUAGACAGAGAGAAGAGACUUGUAGUUAUUGUCAGCCGAGUGACGGAACAUCCUGAUGUACCAGAAAGGCGGGGAAUUUAUAGAGUGAGAACAUAUUGGUCGUACAUGGUGAUAAAACCUUACACAGAAUUCCACGAGCCAGGUAUUGAAUUUGGACUCACUUAUUUCGACGAUCCUGGUGUCAAUGUGCCAUCUGCUGUUACUACAUGGGUAGCACUGAGAGGUUUACCAGAUUUCUUAAUUCGCAUGAGGCAGGCCUCGAAGGAUUAUCAGAAAUAUAAAUUGACACAAAACGCACCUGCAUCGAAUAGUGAUCAUCUUCCGUUAUCUGAAGAGGAUGUUUCCAAAGAGCAAAUCAAGGUCGAUGUAGAAGAGAACGAUAAAAAAUCAAUGAGGGAUUAUGAAGAUGAAGAUGAAGAAGACGAUUCCACCAACGAUACUGACAAUUUAGAUCUGAUAACUAAUGUGCAGCAAGAAAAUGAUGUAGCUGAAAACAAGGACACUAUCAAUUCUACGCCCAAAGAAGAGCAAGGUUUACUACAUUAUUUCUACAUCACGAAAUUAUUUGCGUCUUUGGACACUUGACAUUUGAAUUUAAUGGAGUAACUUUGACUAGUUAGAUUUUAAUGUAAUUUUCUAUACAAAGAAUAAUGUUAUCAGUAAAAACAUAAAACAUAUUCAUGAAUGAUAAUACUGUGGAACACAAAUAAUGUUUCAUUGACGUAUAUUGGAAAAAUAGUGCUUUUAUAUGUAGCAGAACGAAUAUGACAAACUUCGCAUUUUCUUUCAAACAAUAAGUUUUCACUUUUUAUUAGAAAAAGGAAUAAUACCAAGUAAACAGUGAGUGGGACUGAUCAGAUGCGUCAUUGAUUUUAGUCUGCUCAUUCAUCGCAUAUUCAUAUUAUCUGUUGUGAACUGCAAUAAGAGAGCAAACAUAAUGUAGUUAGUUUUAAAUCACAAUGGAAACAUGAACUGAAAGUUGUUUGGAUUUAACAAUUUAUGUGGAUCUGUAAAAAGUAAGCAGAAUUCAUAGUAUUCUCAAACAUAAAUCAACUAAAAUAUAAUUAUGUAUUAUUCAUAUAGUUAUAUAUGUAAAAUAUAUACCACAAUGUAAAUACAUUAUAUAAUAUAUAUGCAGGCUAGUCUUCUUACACUAUUCAAUUCAUAUAAGGAAUCAGCGUAGAAGAUAAUCAUUUUUUCGUUAAUGUAAUAAUGUAAAUGAAUUA